AUGGACACGGCGUUUCUGCGUCCUCCGCUCGCUCGUAAUCUGGUUUAUGACGAGUUUGCCGUUCUGCGCCCCACAAGCUACCCUUUUCACACUCUUCGGUAUUUGAGAUGGAAUCCAAUAUAUUCGAGACCGCUGCUAACAACAUCACCAGCUUCACCAUCAAGGGAGCUCAAGCAGUUAGCCGACGAAGUUCGUUCUGAAAUAGCUUUCAUAAUGUCCAGAAAAUACCAACCAUGUGGUCCUGGUCGCUCAGUUGUGGAGCUGACAAUUGCUAUACAUUAUGUGUUCAAUGCCCCAAUGGAUAAGAUACUAUGGGACGCUGGUCAACAUGUAAGACAUCUUUCUGUUACUGUUUUCAAAUGGAUGGCGGCGGUUGCAAGGGAUUUAAAUGGGAGAAAAAAUCGAAUAGUGACAGUUAUAAGUAAUUGGACAACCAUGGCUGGCCAGGUGUACGAGGCAAUGGGUCAUGCUGGUUUCCUCGAUUCCAACAUGGUAGUUAUUCUAAAUGAUAGCUGUCAUACCUUGCUUCCUAAAGCAGAUGGCCGGCCAAAGAUGUCAGUCAAUGCCUUCUCUAGUGCUCUCAGCAAGAUUCAAUCCAGCAAAGGAUUUAGGAGGUUUAGGGAGGCUGCAAAGGAGGUUAUGAGCCUAGAUUCAACUGGCCCAGUACUUGUACAUGUAAUUACUGGGACUGAAAGUGACACUGGUGGAAAUAUUAGAAGUGAAAUAACUGCAAAUGAGGAAGGGCCUUCAAAUUCGAGCAAUGACGACCUUAAAUUUUUAGAGACUGGACUUUCUAGGACAUAUAAUGACUGCUUUAUAGAAGCACUAACAGCAGAAGCAGAGAAUGACAAGCGCAUUGUGGUAGUUCAUGGUGGCAUGGGAAUGGAUCGAUCACUCCGCUUAUUCCAGUCCAGGUUCCGAGACAGAUUUUUUGACUUGGGCAUCGCUGAGCAACAUGCUGUUACCUUUUCUGCUGGUUUGGCCUGUGGAGGUUUAAAGCCUUUCUGCAUAAUUCCAUCCACAUUUCUUCAGCGAGCAUAUGAUCAGAUAGUUGAAGAUGUGGACAUGCAAAAGAUACCAGUUCGAUUUGCUAUCACAAAUGCUGGUCUGGUGGGAUCUGAGGGCCCAACUAACUCAGGACCAUUUGAUAUUACAUUCAUGUCAUGCUUGCCAAACAUGAUUGUCAUGUCACCAUCUAAUGAGGAUGAACUUAUUGACAUGGUGGCAACAGCUGCAAUGAUUGAGGACAAACCUAUUUGCUUCCGCUAUCCUAGGGGUGCCAUUGUUGGGACUAGUGGAACUUUAACAUAUGGGAAUCCGCUUGAGAUUGGUAAAGGAGAGAUUCUUGUCGAGGGAAAAGAGAUCGCUUUUCUUGGCUAUGGCGAGGUGGUCCAGAGAUGCUUGAUUGCUCGAUCUCUUUUAUCCAACUUUGGCAUUCAGGCGACAGUUGCAAAUGCGAGAUUUUGCAAGCCACUUGACAUCGAUCUAAUCAGAACGCUAUGCCAGCAGCAUAGUUUUCUUAUCACAGUGGAAGAAGGAACAGUUGGUGGCUUUGGAUCACAUGUCUCACAGUUUAUUUCACUUGAUGGUCUACUUGAUGGCCGAAUAAAGUGGCGACCCAUUGUGCUACCAGACAGGUACAUUGAACACGCUUCACUGGCAGAGCAACUUGACUUGGCUGGCCUAACUGCCCAUCACAUAGCUGCAACUGCAUUGACCCUCCUAGGGCGUCAUCGUGAUGCACUUCUGUUGAUGAAGUAG